AUGCUUAACCUCUUACGCCAAUCAUCAUCCUCUCGAAUUUGUGGCAGCCUCCAUCUCGGCUCCAAAUCAUCAUCAUCAAUUAUUGCCUCUCCUUCAGCAACCUCAUCAUCAACAUAUUUCAAUAGUAUUGCACAGAGUGCUCGUUUAUUUCAUUCUUCAAUAACAACAUGCGUUGGAGUUGAUGAUACCAUUCUCAGUACCAAACCAACACUCAUGGAAGAAGGUUUCCAGUUGUCCGAGCUGGAAAAGCAACCUAGAAUCAGCCAUAGAGAAAGAAAGCGAAGAAGAAUGAUAGCCAUAGAAAAGGCAAAGAGAGCAGCUACUGGUGCUCCAAGUCUACAAGAUGAAAUUUACAACAAGAGACCUGUGGUCGAAUUUCCAAAUCGUUAUUUUGCUCUCUACCUUCCUUCCGUUGUUAAUAAGACUUCAAAAGUUGUUUUUCAUGUGCCAAUGGAUUACACAAAGCCAGAAAUUAAAGAAUAUUUAGAAACAUAUUACGGACUCAGAAUUAAAUCUGUUGCCACCAUAAUUAUUCCAGGAGGACUUAAACGCAGCAGAACAGUGAGAGGAAAAUUUGACAAGCAACCCGAUAUUAAGAAGGCAAUUGUAACGUUGUACGAACCUGUUGAUUUAGGUUUCAGUGAUGAGUUGAAGAUUGAAUUAUCUAGACACUACGAUAAACGUUUGAAUGCUAAAAUCAAGGAAGCACGAGCAGCAGCAGAGAAGAUGAAGCAAGAAGGAGGAGCAGACAUGCCUGAAGGUUCGGAGGAAGAGCAAAUGAAACAACUCGAAGAAGCUCAUCGUAAAAUGGAAGAAGCAAAAACCAGAGUGAAACAACAACAACAAGUAGAAAACGUGGAAGUGAAGGACAAGUAA